UCUAAGCCUCUAGAAGGACUAGAAUCUGGAUGUCUUACCUGCAAACAUGGACAGAUAUGUACACAGUCCCAUCUUGGAGAACCUGAAUCUUUUUAGAAGAAAGAAGGCCACCUUGGCUGGGAGUGUCUGGAGGAUACCAUGCUUUGCAAAAGCAGAUGACCUGCUAGCAACUGACCAUGCUGACCACUGUCUGGAACUGGACUGAGUCACAGAGAGGCGAAUGGCUUCAUCUUAUAAAAUGUCUGAACAAAGCACAAUUUCUGAGCACAUUUUGCAGAAAACAUGUGAUCACUUGAUCUUGACUGACCGUUCUGGAUUAAAGGCAGAAUCAGCAGCAGAGGAAAUGAAGCAGACUGCCGAGAACCAGGGGAAUACAGUGCACUGGGCAGCUCUCCUGAUCCUUGCGGUAAUAAUCCCCACCAUUGGCGGGAACAUCCUGGUUAUUCUGGCUGUUUCACUGGAGAAAAGGCUGCAGUACGCUACCAACUACUUUCUAAUGUCCUUGGCGGUGGCUGAUUUGCUGGUUGGAUUGUUUGUGAUGCCGAUUGCUCUCUUGACAAUCAUGUUUGAGGCUACAUGGCCCCUCCCACUGGCCCUGUGUCCUGCCUGGUUAUUCCUUGAUGUUCUCUUUUCAACUGCCUCCAUCAUGCAUCUCUGUGCCAUUUCCCUGGAUCGCUAUAUAGCCAUCAAAAAGCCAAUUCAGGCCAAUCAGUGCAAUUCCCGGACUACUGCAUUCGUCAAGAUUACGGUGGUAUGGUUAAUUUCAAUAGGCAUCGCCAUCCCAGUCCCUAUUAAAGGAAUAGAGGCUGACGUGGUCAACGCCCACAACAUCACCUGUGAGCUGACAAAGGACCGCUUUGGCAGUUUCAUGCUCUUUGGGUCACUGGCUGCUUUCUUUGCACCUCUCACCAUCAUGAUAGUCACCUACUUUCUCACCAUUCACGCUUUGCAGAAGAAAGCUUACUUGGUCAAAAACAGGCCACCUCAACGCCUAACACGGUGGACUGUGUCCACAGUUUUCCAAAGGGAAGACUCAUCCUUUUCAUCACCAGAAAAGAUGGCGAUGCUGGAUGGCUCUCACAAGGAUAAAAUUCUACCUAACUCAACUGAUGAGACACUGAUGCGAAGAAUGUCCUCAGCAGGAAAGAAACCAGCCCAGACCAUUUCUAAUGAACAGAGAGCCUCAAAGGUCCUUGGAAUUGUGUUUUUCCUCUUUCUGCUUAUGUGGUGCCCCUUUUUCAUUACAAACAUAACUUUAGCUCUGUGUGAUUCCUGCAACCAGACUACUCUCAAAACGCUCCUGGAGAUAUUUGUGUGGGUAGGCUACGUUUCCUCGGGAGUGAAUCCUUUGAUCUAUACACUCUUCAAUAAGACAUUUCGGGAAGCAUUUGGCAGGUACAUCACCUGCAAUUACCAGGCCACAAAGUCAGUAAAAGCGCUUAGAAAGUGUUCUGGUACACUCUAUUUUGGGAAUUCAAUGGUAGAAAACUCUAAAUUUUUCACAAAACAUGGAAUUCGAAAUGGGAUCAACCCUGCCAUGUACCAGAGCCCAGUAAGGCUCCGAAGUUCAACCAUCCAGUCUUCAUCCAUCAUUCUCCUCAAUACAUUUCUCACUGAAAACGAUGGUGACAAAGCAGAAGACCAAGUCAGCUACAUAUAGUGGAAUGGGGCAGUCCUC